ACCUACCUCUGCGAGUGUGCAUGCAUGACUUAAAUUAUUACUUAUUUCUUUGCAAAAUGCAAACCAAUCAUUGCAAUAAUUAGGGAAAAGCUUCGAAUCUAUGAUAUUAAGUUUACAGUAUAAAUUAUGUUGAUUAAGGUCGGGGUUAGGUGCAUCACCGUGAAAUGGGCCAGUGUUCUGAGGGUAGCAAAUUGCUAUUGUCAUUUGAAAACACCGAGCACUCCAACCAAAGAAUCGUCCGAAGUGGUACCUGGUUUGGAAUUCAUGUCGAAGUACGACGACAAAGCAUUAGACCGAAUACUCACUGUGCUGAAUUCUACAUGUUCCAGCAGUUUGACUAGGUACAAAGUUUCUAAAGGAUGCUCCGAACAAAUUAAAAAAUACUGGACCACGAAAGGGCCAUUUACAACUGUAAAACAAUUACUUGAAAUUGAGAAUUUUGACAAAAAGUAUCUAGAAAAACUUGUUUGCUCAAUAGUGGAAGAGCCCAUAGACCCAACUGCAACAUUGGAUAAGCAAUUGAAGAAAAUAUUACAGAAUGUCACCGUGAAUGCUUUACCGAAAGAGAAAAGAUCUAAGAUUAAAACUGUAACAAGUAUUCAUAUAGGUUUGACACAUGUGAGUUGGGCAAAAAUGGAUAUCGACGGCCAUUUGUUGGUAUGGGAUGCUUGUGAAUUUCCGGAGUGGUCUAAACCAUUCAAUACCAAAUUGUUUCACACUGUGGCACUGGAAGUGUGGAGCAAACUACCUGUGUCAGAUGCCUACGUAACAGAAGAUGUAACUUCCCUGAAGAAUUUUCAAAAUAAAAUUGAAAGCAAAACCCUACUUAGAAAUAUACAACGCUUUCAGUUGGCUAUCACGUUACAAUUACUAACCAGUACAAAAUUGAAUCAGUCCGACGGAAAUGAGGGAUCAAGUUACACGCAGAUUGAUAACUACUAUUUUAUACGGCCGAAUAUACCACCAAAAUUAUUUCAAUUAAUUAUUGGUAGUGAAACUGUGGCAGCAAGUUCCAUAGUACAAACAUUUAUAGACAAUAAUGUUAGCGAAUCUUUAUCACAUAUUUUACCAGUAAUUAUUGAUCCUUUUGUAGCAAGCUUAUAUAAUGAGAGCAAAAAUCUUAAAAAAGAAGGAUUAAGUCAGGCCCUAAUUAUUGCUGUGGCUUUCAUUGACUUGACUGUCAUGUGUAAUCCUGUUUCUCUCAAAAGUCUCACCUCAAGUCAAUAUUCUAUAAAAACCAAAUAAUUAUUAUUAAAUUAAUAAUAAAGCUGUUUACAAAUAACAAAUCCCAGCUAUCUAAUUAUUGAAUAAUUGGAUAUUUCUGGAUCUUUGUAAAAGAGGUCAUAACAAAAUUUCUUAUUUAUCAGUAUUCUAAUCAUGUUCAAGCGUAUUAAGAUCUCAUGUAUAGCAAGUAAUAACAGAGGAUUUAUCAUAAGUAUAAUUGAUAUCAAUAUUUGGUGUUCCGAAUUUCUUUAUUAUCAACUUUUUACAACACUAGUUUCUACAGUCUGCGCCAAAUCUAUUUCAGACGUUUUCUUAUUGCGAUCACGAUAGUUUCAGAAUCAACAACUUACACAUAGGUCUGUGACAAUGCAG